ACACUAAGACACAACAGCAUAUUUGUAAGAACGCAGGGCAGCCACACAGGAAGCUCUGCGAGGAUGUUCUGAAGAAAAGAAGAAACAGUUACUGAGUGUUGUUGAAAACCAUUACUGACAAGACACAAGAUUGUCGUCACACGCAGUGUUUCCAGAUAGAAAAGAAAAGAUAUUCUUCCAGGGAUGGAUUAACCUUUUAUGUGACAAUCAGUGUGAGAGGUCAGCAUGAGCUUCCCAGAAGGCCCUGGGGCGGCCCGCCCCUUCUCCCUGGAGACGGACGACAGGACGGACGAGGAGCGCAAAGCCCAAAGCCGUCAUGGUGUCAAGGAGGACUUCCUGGGCUCUGUUCUGCCCAUGGGCCCCUCCAAGAGACCCAAAGCCCCCAUGGAUACAGACUACCAGGAGGAACUGGAGGUGCAACAGCCCAAGAUCAAAUACAACCUCAACUUUUACAAGGCGAUGAAAGGAAUGAAGGUGACCGAAGAGGAGAUGAGCAACCGGUUUGAUCUGAAGAAGUUGUUUCAGGCAGCAGCCAGGGGAGAUGUCACCAUGCUGGAUGGGUUGCACGAUUACCUCACCAAGAACUUAAAAAAGCUUUCCCACUCUGAGUAUCAAUCGUACGGAAAGAAUCCUCUGCUCAAGGCUCUUCUGAAUCUAAAAGACGAAAAAAAUGACACGGUGGAAUAUCUCCUAAACAUUGCAGAGCAGAUGGGAGAUGUAAAAGAAUUCGUAAAUGCAGCGUAUACAGACAGUUAUUAUAACGGCCAGUCUGCUCUCCAUAUCGCCAUCGAGAGGAGGAGUCUCCACUAUGUGAAGCUUCUGGUCAGCAAAGGAACAGACGUUCAUGCCAAAGCCUGUGGGAAGUUCUUCCAGCUACAACAUGGACCCAGCUUCUACUUUGGGGAGCUGCCGCUGUCCCUAGCUGCCUGCACCAACCAGAAGAACAUAGUAGACUUCCUGAUGGAGAACGAGUAUCAGAGGGCGAAGGUGGAGGAGAGGGACUCCCUGGGUAAUACGGUGCUACAUGCGCUAGUGGUGGUGGAUGACAAAGACCAGCAGAAUACCGAGUUCAUCGUCACCAUGUAUGAUCACAUCCUCACCAACACCGCCCGUCUCUACCCCAAUUUGAAACUGGAAGACAUAGAGAACAAACAUGGACUGACGCCCAUCAAGUUAGCUGCCAAAAUGGGCAAGAUCGGGGUGUUUGAGCAUAUUUUGCAUCGUGAGUUCCACCACCAAGAGACCAAACACCUGUCUCGUAAGUUCACAGAGUGGGCUUACGGGCCUGUUCAUUCCUCCCUCUACGACCUGGACUCCCUGGACUCCUAUGAGAACAACUCUGUACUCAAGAUACUCGUCUAUGGCAGUGACAUUCCUAAUCGUCAUAAAAUGCUCCAGAUCGAGCCCCUGAACAAGCUUCUGGAGGAGAAGUGGGAACGGUUUGCCGCACAAAUCUUCUUCUCCAACUUCCUGGUUUACGUCUUUUUCGUGUCUGUCUUCACGGUCACCUCUUACAACAGGAGGGAGGGCAAGCCCCCUUUCUACAUUCAGCACACCCGGGAGGGAUACAUUCAUCUGGCGGGUCAGAUCUGGGUAGCGUUGACAUCUGUGUAUCUCUUCAUAGGAGGGAUCCUAGACUUCAAAAGAAAGCAUCCGAAUCUGCACAGUCUGGUGAUUGAUGGAUACAGUGACAUCCUUUUUUUCCUGCAGGCUGUUCUCUACAUCAUUUCCUCAGUGCUGGAUAUCUGUGGGAGGGAAGAGUACCUUGGGUUCCUGGUGCUGUGUCUGGCUCUCAGCUGGAUCAACUUGCUGUACUUCUCCAGAGGGUGUAAACACAUGGGCAUAUACAGUGUCAUGAUCCAGAAGAUGAUCAUAAGCGAUAUCAUGCGCUUUCUUUUCGUCUACAUCGUCUUCCUUUUCGGGUUUUCAGCAGACAGUGAGAACACUCAGCAAGACGAAACCGUGGUGACGCUACUGGUCGAGCCUCCAGCUAAGAACACGACCGCCAUAAGUGGCCGCACCUUCUACACGGAAAGCAAGGAUGAGACGUGCACGAAGGUCACGUUCGAGAGCAUCUCCUACACCACCCUGGAGCUCUUCAAGUUCACCAUCGGCAUGGGAGACCUGGAGUUCACGGAGAACUACAAGUACAAGGAGGUGUUCUACGUGCUCCUCAUCUCCUACAUCGUCCUCACCUACAUCCUGCUGUUCAACAUGCUCAUCGCCCUCAUGAGCGGCACAGUGGCCGAGAUCUCCAAAGACAGCGCCAGCAUCUGGAAACUACAGAGGGCCAUCACCAUCCUAGACCUGGAGAGGAGUCUGCUCCACUGCCUGAGGAGGAGGUUCCGCUCUGGGGUGGAGAAGGACCUGAGCUCUGAAGGGGAGUGGGACCCAGAGUCAGAGCAGAAAAAGGACAUUCGCCGGUGUUUCAGAGUGGAGGAAGUCAACUGGGACAAAUGGAACACGAACCUGACGAUAAUCAAUGAGGAUCCGGGGAGCUGUGAUUCAGCCAGGCAACCUCCUACUAUUAACAGCCCUCGGGAGACAACCAGGACGUGGCGAGGCAUCCUGAGGGAUGUCAGUCGACGGCGGCAGCGGCCCCGGCGUCGCCAGUUCAUCCCCGAGUCCAGAGAGAUGUCCACCCUAUCCGCCAGUCAUGUUUGAGUAGACACAUAAGCCCUGAUACCCUGCAUUAUUCUCUCCUCGUUGUUUUUUUGCUCCCAAUAGACUGGCAGACCGGGCUACCAGCUGGAUUCAUUUUGUUUCACUACGCCUCACUGGUCCAUGAAUCGAACAGAAUGUUAGCUUGGUAUACCAGACUAUGCGUGUGUCACCUCACAAAAAAGCUGUUACCACCUCAUACUUGCUAAUUGUGAAAGCUGUCAUGUACUGAUAAAAUGACUCUAAUAACUCAGGAAAAUAUCACGUGACCAUCAAAACCAAGUUUCCGUGACACCCAAAUACAGUAGUUGUUGUUGAAUUUUUACGAAAACCCUACAAUUAUUUGCAAAGGUUAUGAUUAUGUAUUCAGAAUAAUAGGACGAAUGUAUAACAAUGUGUGACUUUGCAUGGAAUUACCGACUGCCAAGUCCUUCAUUACCGCUUCUUGUUUCCCAGAAACAAGUGAUUGGACUUCCUAUCAGUCUGAAACUGGGCAGGUUUACUCCCCCAAAUGUCUUCAGUUCCCCUGUCAUCAGAGACUAUUCAAUCCAGCUGCUGUUAUGACUGCACCCUGCAUUGCUCAAAAUUCUUGACGGAGCGACGCUAUACCCAGACAGUCCCUCCUACUGCGAGCCCUUUAUAGAACACUCAUUUCCAUCACUGCUAGACGGCCCAAAGCCCACUGCAGCCAGCCUGUCCUGCAGACUUCACAGCUUACCUUGUCUACACUCCUGCAUGCGUCUCACAUUGGCUGGUUUGAAAUUGCAGGAUGAAAGCAUCGAAUGAAACGAUAACUGAUUAUUUCCUACGUCGCUGUUCAAAUCAGAGGUACUCCAGUUGAAACUCAAAGGACGCGGUUCUGGGGAGGAUUGUGCGGUAUUAAUCUCGCACAACUGCUAGUCAUGCAGAUAUAACAGCUUGAAUACAAAUGUGAGGUUACAGUAGUACCUUAUUUGAUAGCCAUUUGUUUGCAGGAAGGUAGUAAGUUCAAAGGUAUGGAAAAGGAGUUAAAAGACAGGCAGCGACAAACAACAGAACUCCUAGCAAAGCAUAAAUUAGAACUUUAUUUUAUUAUUACAAUAUUACAAAAAGAGUAGCACAACUCUCACACUCUCGCCUCAUCUGUCAAAAAGCCACAGAGUGUCACGCCAAAGAAAGGCUGGUGGACCUUCUUCCAUUUCACAGCAAUAGUACAAGAAA